AUGUUCCUUCUUCCAGCAUUUAACGCUACUUCUAUUGUUCUUGUGCCUAAGAUUUCUAAUCCUUGUAAAGUUAAAGACUUCAAACCAAUUUCCUGCUGCUCAGUUGUGUACAAGGCAAUCUCUAAAAUUCUGGUCAGUAGAUUAACCAAUGUUCUUCCUGAUUUGGUUACUCUCAACCAAAAUGCUUUCAUUAAAGGUAAAAGUAUCAUUGAUAAUACUUUACUUUCUCAAGAAUUGGUUAGAGGUUAUGGUAGGAAGUCUAUUUCCCCUAGAUGCUCAUUAAAAGUUGAUCUUCACAAAGCCUUUGAUACCCUUAAUUGGGGCUUUAUUUCUUCUGUUCUCAAAGCCAUUGGACUGCCUCAAACCUUCAUCACUUGGAUAGAACUUUGUUUCUCUACUGCUUCGUACUCUGUCUCUUUUAAUGAGACAUUAGUUGGUUUCUUUAAAGGAGCUAAAAGAAUUAGGCAAGGAGACCCUCUUUCUCCUUUAUUAUUCGUGCUUUCUAUUAAUGUUCUCUCCAAGCUCUUAAACUUAGCUGCCACUAGAGGAAUCUUUGAGUAUCACCCUAAAUACAAAAAAAUGGGACUCACUCAUCUCUCAUUUGCUGAUGACAUUCUUAUUUUUUGCAAGGGGAACACUGAAUAUGUUAUUGGUGUUAACAGUGUCCUUGAUAUGUUCUAUAUAUGGAAAUUUUCUGAUAAGGACUUCUUUCCCCUCAUUGAUAAAAUUAAAGCUAAACUUCAUCAAUGGUCUUCUAAAUUCCUUAGCUAUGCAGAGAGAAUGAAACUUAUUAAAACUGUUUUAUCCAGCCUUUCCAAUUUCUGGUGUAGACAAAUUUUUCUGCCUCAGUCAACGAUUAAAAAAUCGAGCAAUUAUGCUCCAGGUGAGGGUUCUCUUUGGGUAGCAUGGAUAAAAUGCUAUAUUUUUAAGGACAAAGACUUUUGGAAUGUUGACAUCAGUUCAUCACAAAGUUGGAGCUUAAGGAAACUCCUAAAAUUAAGACAUGAAGCUCAUCCUGUACUGGACGCUGGAAUUACGACAAUUACAGCAGUUUGGGAUGCUAUUAGAUUAAAGAAAGCUAUUGUUCCCUGGCAGAAAAUUGUAUGGUUUCCUAUGCACAUUCCUAAGCAUAGUUUAAUCUCUUGGAUGGCUUUUCUUGAUAGGCUUCUUACAAGAGAAAGACUCAACCGUAUAGGACUAAUCACUGACUGCAAAUGUAUUUUCUAUGAUGAUCAUUUGGAAACAAGGGAUCAUAUUUUUCUGCUCUGUCCUAUGGCUACAUCAAUCUGGAAAAAUGUUUUUUCCCUCUCGGGACUUCACUUCUACCCUUGUCCGUGGGACACUUUUUGUGCAAGGGCUUCCACUACUUGGAAAGGCAAAUCAAUGCUCACUCUAAUAUUGAAGCUAUCUUUUAAUGCCACAAUCUACUUACUGUGGGAAGAAAGAAACAAGCGAAUGUUCCAAGGUAGAUCCAAGAAUGCUCAAGAAUUAUUCCAUGACAUCAGAGAUAUAAUUGGACUGCACUUAAGCAAUAGGAAAUUCAAUAGCAAUGAUAAUGUUAAUAUUACUCUUUCUAGGAAUUGGAAUAUAGGGUGA